UGGUUGACGGUGGUGCGCAUCUCACCGACCGGGAAUACCGAUCUGUGAACAUUUCGGCCUUUUCUCCCGCUGCACCGUGAGCUGUGUUUUCCUGCGAGCUGCUGCAAAGGGGAGCGGGUUGCAGCGGGUUGCAGCGGGUUGCAUCGCUGGGUUGCAUUAGAAGAGGAUCUUCAGUAUUCAGUACUGUGACAGACGGACAUGCAGAGGAGGAUCAUCCAUCCAGCAGCAGAAGGAGUGUUUGUUGUGUCGGGCUGAAGCUGGAUGAAGCAGGAGGAGCUGGAGGAUUCUGCUGGGCUUCGGCCAAACAUCACCGCAUUCUAGCUCCUAUCGAUGCAAAGGGUUUGCAUUGCACCGCAUCUGCUGCAGCGUUGAUUAUUCCUCUUAUUAGUAUUAUUAGUAUUAUUAUUAUCAUCAUUAUUAUCAUCAUCGGUGCACCGUGCAUGCUGGAGGAUGCAGCUGGUUUGAGGACAUGAUAGGCAGAGGUCUCCUCUGGACCACCGCGGCUCGGCCGGUCGGACAACAGAUCCGGUCGGAUUGAUCAUCUGAUCAUCUGCGGAUUGAUCAUCUGCGGAUGUUAUUGUGUCUGUGGAGCUCGUGAACAGCAUCCACCGUGAACACACCGUGAUUCUUCUACUCAGGGAAAGAGGAGAGAGAGAGAACAACAUGUCUUCUCGGUCUGCAUUACCGUCUGGAAACGACAGGAGCACCGGAGACCAUCAUGUGUCGCUGGGGGCCAGCCGCUCAGACAAGGCCACCAGCCAGUCCAGCCGCUCGCUGGGCGCCCGGUGCAGGAACUCCAUUGCCUCCUGCUCCGACGAGCAGCCGCACAUCGGCAACUACCGCCUGCUCAAGACUAUCGGCAAGGGAAACUUCGCCAAGGUCAAGCUGGCCCGCCACAUCCUGACGGGCAAGGAGGUUGCAAUAAAAAUCAUCGACAAAACUCAGUUGAACCCAACCAGCCUACAAAAGCUCUUUCGGGAGGUACGAAUAAUGAAAGGCUUAAAUCACCCUAACAUAGUGCAGCUGUUCGAGGUGAUUGAGACUGAUAAGACCCUUUACCUAAUCAUGGAGUACGCCAGUGGAGGUGAAGUGUUUGACUACCUCGUGUCUCAUGGGAGGAUGAAGGAGGUUGAAGCCAGAGCCAAAUUCCGACAGAUUGUCUCCGCUGUCCACUACUGCCACACCAAGAACAUCGUCCACAGAGAUCUGAAGGCGGAGAACCUUCUGCUGGACGCCGACGCCAACAUCAAGAUCGCCGACUUUGGCUUCAGCAACGAGUUCACGCUGGGCAACAAGCUGGACACGUUCUGUGGCUCGCCGCCCUACGCCGCUCCUGAGCUUUUCCAGGGCAAGAAGUACGACGGGCCUGAGGUGGACGUCUGGAGUCUCGGAGUCAUCCUCUACACGCUGGUCAGCGGCUCGCUGCCCUUCGAUGGGCAGAACCUGAAGGAGCUGAGGGAGCGCGUGCUGAGGGGGAAGUACCGCGUGCCCUUCUACAUGUCUACAGACUGUGAGGGGAUCCUUCGCCGCUUCCUGGUGCUCAACCCGACCAAGCGCUGCACCCUGGACCAAGUCAUGAAGGACAAGUGGAUAAAUUCAGGGUACGAGGGGGACGACCUGAAGCCCCACAUAGAGCCUGUUGAGGACUUCAGUGAUCCAGCUCGUAUUGAGGUGAUGGUGGGGAUGGGCUUCACCUCGGAGGAGAUCAAGGACUCUCUGCUCAAUCAGAAAUACAACGAAGUCACCGCCACCUACUUGCUGCUGGGCCGCAAGGGCGAUGAGGGCAGCGAGGCUCGUACGGCCAGCAGCCUGUCCCUGGCGAGGGUACGACCCAGCCCCAUCACCAACGGGACCAACAAGCACUCCUCGGCCACCGGCUCCUCUUCCUCCUCCACCUCCUCCUCACAUAGCAAGACCCAGCGCAGUGCCUCCACCUACCACAGGCAGCGGCGACACAGCGACUUCUUCCUCCACAACAAAGGCGGGCCUUCCAUGCCCGUCAUGCACCCCAAGCGGAGCCCCACUAGCACGGGUGAGCGUGAGCUGCGGGAGGGACGGAUGCCUUCGCGUAAGGCCAGCUGUAGCGUGAUGGGGAGCCACAGCCUCCCCCCCUCCAGCCCCAUGGUCAGCAGUGCCAACAACCCCAACAAGUCUGAGAUCCCAGACCGCCGCAAAGACAUGACCGCAACCACGAAUAACAUCCCUGGAAGCGCCAUGACACGCAGGAACACAUACGUGUGCACGGACCGCUCGGGCGCCGACAGACACUCUCUUCUGCAGAACGGCAAAGACAACAGCUCUCUGGGCCACCGCUUGCCUGUAGCGUCUCCCUCCACGCUCAGCAUCUCUGGCGCCGGUGCUGCCUCCUCCUCUUCCUCUUCGGACCGAUGCCGCCUGACCCGAGGCUCCACCAUCCGCAGCACCUUUCACGGGGGACAGCUGAGGGACCGCGGGCCCCCGGUCUACUCUGCCCCGCCCACUUCACCCACAUUGUCCCACCACGAUGCCAGCCCCCUGCCCCACGCCCGCACCAGGGCAACCUCCAACCUCUUCACCAAGCUGACCUCCAAACUCACUCGCAGGGUCACAAAUGAAUCUGAGGGAAUCAGGAGAUUUGCGGUCACAAGUUGCCAUCUACCUGGGUAUCAAAAAGCGUCCGAGCCCCGGGCCGUCGGACGUGGCCGGGAUCUGAGAGGCGGCGGGCGGCGGGACCCUGCGGAGGUGGUUCUGGCUCUGCGGGAGGCGGCGCUCGGAUGUGGCUGCCAGGUCCACCAUGCCGGCCCCUUUCUGCUCUCCUGCACCCACGGCGCGGCGGGGGGCCGCGUGGCUUUCGAGGCCGAGGUGUGCCACCUUUCCACGGGCACCUCCGAGACUUCUAACGGAGUGCGCUACACGCGACUCUGGGGGACGCCGCUAGCUUUUCGGGACAUUGCCACCCAAAUCUCUAAGGACCUUGAACUUUGAACGGAGUGUUUGAGUGUGUGUGUGUGUGUGUGUGUGUGUGUGUGUGUGUGUGUGUGUGUUGAUGUGUGUGUGCAAAGGGAGGCGGGGGGGGGGGGG